AUGGGAGUGGUCUUUAAGACGGAAGCCCAUUUCGAUGAUCCUGAAGAACCAAAGAUAAUAAAAUCUGUGGCAACUGGGAAACAUGCUUAUGCCUUCCGGGAAGGGUUUGAUAACAAGGGAGGUCAUCGACAGGUGAUUGUGGUCCUUAAGAUGUGGAGGGUCCGCGACUAUUUGCCCUAUUCUGGUCCUGUAGAAGAAUGGCUUCAGACCGAGGGGGACUUAUCUUACUUCAGGUUCAAUUCGCGCUUGCCAGAGGUAGAGUAG